GGUCAGAGACUUGGUGUUUCUCAUGUUGCUGGAGCCACCCUUGGCCUGAUGGCUGUAGUCUGCGUUGUGUGGGCUGAUGUUGAGGGUGCUCCUACUGAUGGUAAAAAUCAAUUAGUAGGCGAUAUGCUAUGCCUUGGUGGAUCAUUAUUGUUUGCAACAGUCACAGUGCUUCAAGAACUGAUGCUCAAAACUCAUACAUGCUCAGACUAUUUAGCGAUUCUCGGUAUUGUGGGUAGCUUUGUAUCUUGCACUCAAACAUUCUUUCUGGAAUUCCUUGAAUUGAUGAACUUUAACUGGUAUGAGUUAGAGACGAUUGUGCAAUUGGGAAGCUACUGCACAGUACAAACAAUAUUCCAGAUAUUACAAUGUUUUAUGCUGAGAGAUGCUGGGUCUAUUUUAUUGCAUCUAUCAUUCCUGUCCGCUGACUAUUACACUGUGAUCGCUGGCAUGUAUAUAUUUCAGUUUAAGUUCCAUGCUCUAUAUUUCCUAUCAUAUUUACUGGCGAUGGUUGGAGUGUUUCUAUUCAGCAGUCGCUCUACGUCGACGCCAGAGCCAACUCCCCCUGAACGUCUGCCCCAGCUCGUCAACGAUUCAGUUCAGUCGCAAGAUAAUGUGUCAAUGGAGUACACUGUUCCAACUCUCGACUGCAUACCUAUAGAAGGAUUGGAACCACCGAUGAGUCGCGAUACAACAUUCACAUCGUUUCUCGGUGGACCACAGCAUCCCUUACCAAACGGCAACGUCACGUUUGCAUCUCCAAAUGGUAAUCAUUCACGAAACGAAAAAGAAACUUAAGGCCCGAGGUACUUUUAUAAAUAUAUUAAAAUAAUUUAUGUCUUGUUUAUUGAACGAUCCGUCUAGUGAAGCAAAGCUUGUUGUUUUCAAAAUGGCAAUACUUGAAUAUCAAUGUUGCCAGAAUAAAAUUUAUGUUGUUAUUAGCUAAUUUUAAGAGUUACCUAAAUUUGUUUUAGUGUAACUGGUUGUGUGCCCAUUUCGGAAUUGAAAGUAGCAGAAGUUAUAUUGUAAUGCAACUUCUAACAUAAUCAAUUACAUGAGAAUCAAUAAAUCUAAUAAUAAAUCUUCUUAAGAUUAAUAAACUAGCGCACAUUUUAAAAGCGAAAAUAAUUCCGAUAGAUUAUAUUCGUUCUAGAAGUUUAAUUAAUAACUAUGUAAAGUAAUAUUUAGAGAAUUUUGUAAUAAGCAUUUAGCAAAUAAAAUUUCGAACGAUAACUGCCAGAUACUCGAAUUUUACCAUAUUUAGCAAAUAUAUAUACUUAGUACAUUAUUACGUGUUUAUAACGAAAAAACUUUCACAUGCACAUUGAUUCUUAAUUAUUGAUUGAAUAAAAAGUAAGUGUAUUUAUUGGUUAAAGUCAAAUAGUUUGUAUAAUUUUUAAAUCUUAGAAAUAUGAACAGCAAAUGAUUUCUUUUUCGAAAUGGGGUACCUGUAUUAAUUCGUUUUUUGCACCAAAAUAAAUGGCUGUAAAUAAAAUAUUUAUGACUUUAAUACUUUACUUACGCACUCGUGUUGCAAAAAAUAUAUAGACAAAUUUUGCUUAAAUGAAGUCCAGAAUAAUUUUGAACGCGACAAUGAUGUAUUUACCAUUAAAUCUGGCACGAUUUUAAAU